UUUGGUACUGUUUAUUAUUAUGAAGUGUAUAAAAAUGAUAAAAAAUAUGGAUAUUAUGAAAAAGAAAUAAAGGAAGCAUUUGAAGAAGCAGAUGAAAAGAUACCAAAUAUUUCAAUUUUACGCAAAAUGAAUCCUGAUGCUAUAUAUAUAAAUAGAGUAUUUACAUUUAAAAAUUUGAUAAAACCUAUUAAUUUGUCUCUUAUUAUCUCAUACCUUGAAAAGGAUGAGAAUAAUAAAGGAAUUUCUAGCUUAUUACAAUUAAGAG